CGAAAUAUAAAAAUUGACCGGGAACUUUGUAUUCUUCUCCUUCUUUCUCUACCUUUUGUUAUUUCCUUCCUUGUUCUUCAUUUCUCUACCAUAUACCAAACAGAAAAUCAACAAAGAAAAAAAAUGAUGGAACCAAGCGUCUUCCUCUCACUUACCUCGGAACACCAUGUUCCUGAACAUGAGCACGACCAUUCCAUGAUGCAUGAAGAUAUGGAGCGUCGUUGGCAUGGCUGCGACUGGUCUACACACGAAUCGGUCGACCUGCUCUACUUUGAGCCAGGUAUUUCCACGGCCGAGUUGCUUCAAAAUGCCCGUAACGGCGAUGAUGGGUUUAUCCGCUUGACUCCUGAAAACAGCGGCUCCGAUGACGAUGAUAGUAUUGACGAACUCCUUGAUAACCAAGACGAUCUGAUGAAACAGAAUGAAUUCGGUGUGUCAACGCACGAACCACAACUGGUUAUUCUCUAUGAGAACGGUCAGCCUUUUGUUCAAGAGCCAGCCGCUCUUCUAGUAAACAAGCCAGCUCCUGCUGCCGAACCCGCUUUGGUAAAACCAGUCGUGGCUCCUCUGGUAAAGCAGACUAUUGAUGAAAAGAAUAGCAUUAGUGAUCAGAAAAAAAAACCCACAACUCCUCCAAAAAAGAAAAGAUUCCCUCCAAAGAAGAAAAGAUUUAUUUGGUAAAAUGCAAAACUAAUUACCUUCUCUUCCUUCUACUACCAGCGCGUCAAGCAGUAGAGAAAUCAUGCCUUUUCACAUGUGUGCAACGCACGCGUUUCAUUGUCAUCAUUUCAUAACUGCCACUGCUACUACCACUGUGAAAAUGUAUUCUUCCUGUAUACCUUUAAUAAAAUUCAAUACACAAUAAGUGUGUGUAGUUAAGUUUUCUUA